GCUUGCUUUCAGCACUGAAGAACCCCGGGAAAAAUAAAUCCGGCUUGAAUCCGGCUCUGCGGGGCGCGGCGGCCGGACGCGUGUCCUGGACACAGGCGCCGGGAGCCUGGCGCUCUGGGACGGGGCGGGGGUCCUGGGCCGGAGCCGCUCCCGAGGUUGGCCUCUUUGCGGGUCCCUCUUCCCACCGCGAGGUGGGGGUGUGUGUGGGUUGGGGGGGGGACACCGUCCGGAGCCGGGAGGGCAGGAGGCUGGCUGGAUCCGGGUGCCGGCCAGCCGGCCGGCUUGCCUGACACCCCCCUCGCCCCACGCUCGCUCUCUCCGAGUGCGGGGCGCGGAGGGGCAGGUGCGGGGCGCGCGGGCCGAGGCUCCCUCUCACCUAGGUGUGAGCUGAUUAUUCAAAUGGGCUGCCCCGGGUCUGGGGAUUGGAGGCCCGCGCCAGCGCGCCGCGCUAUAUCACCAGCCGCCCACGUCACUGCGGCACUUGUCCGCUCCGCGGUCCGCACCUCCUCCUCCUCCUCCUCCUCUUCCUCCUCUUCCCCCCUCCCCCACCCACCCCUGCGCUGCGCGCUUCCCGCCGCCUCGGGGCAGCUCGGCACUGCCAGCAUCAGCCGCCACCCGGCAGCCCGAGAGCGGGGCGCGGGCGGCGGGCGCUCCCGACAGCCGGGCCCCGGCCUGGGCCUCCUGCGCUCCUCCGCCCCCUCCUCCCGCCCACUUCCAGCCACCGCCUCCGGCCGGCCGGCGCAAGAGGGAGUGGAGCCGAGAGCGAGCGAGCGAGCGCGAGGAGGGCGGAGGGAGGGAGGGGACGGUGCCUCGGCUGACUUUUUUUUUUUUUUUUAAAGAGGGUGGGGGUGGGGGGUGAUCGCCGGUCGUUUGUUGUGGCUGUUAAAUUUUAAACUGCCAUGCACUCGGCUUCCAGUAUGCUGGGAGCUGUGAAGAUGGAAGGGCACGAGCCGUCCGACUGGAGUAGCUACUACGCCGAACCCGAGGGUUACUCCUCGGUGAGCAACAUGAACGCCGGCUUGGGCAUGAACGGCAUGAACACGUACAUGAGCAUGUCGGCGGCCGCCAUGGGCAGCGGCUCCGGCAACAUGGGUGCGGGCUCUAUGAACAUGUCGUCGUACGUGGGCGCGGGCAUGAGCCCGUCCCUGGCGGGCAUGUCCCCCGGCGCGGGCGCCAUGGCGGGCAUGGGCGGCUCGGCCGGGGCCGCGGGCGUGGCGGGCAUGGGGCCGCACCUGAGCCCCAGCCUGAGCCCGCUCGGGGGCCAGGCGGCGGGCGCCAUGGGCGGCCUGGGCCCGUACGCCAACAUGAACUCCAUGAGCCCCAUGUAUGGGCAGGCGGGCCUGAGCCGCGCGCGCGACCCCAAGACCUACCGGCGCAGCUACACGCACGCCAAGCCACCCUACUCGUACAUCUCGCUCAUCACCAUGGCCAUCCAGCAGAGCCCCAACAAGAUGCUGACGCUGAGCGAGAUCUAUCAAUGGAUCAUGGACCUCUUCCCCUUCUACCGGCAGAACCAGCAGCGCUGGCAAAACUCCAUCCGCCACUCGCUCUCCUUCAACGACUGCUUCCUCAAGGUGCCCCGCUCGCCGGAUAAGCCCGGCAAGGGCUCUUUCUGGACCCUGCACCCGGACUCGGGCAACAUGUUCGAGAACGGCUGCUACCUGCGCCGCCAGAAGCGCUUCAAGUGCGAGAAGCAGCUGGCGCUCAAGGAGGCCGGAGCCCCUGGCGCUGGGGCCGGCGGCAAGAAGGCGGCGGCGGUGGGCGCGCAAGCCUCACAGGCUCAGCUCGGGGAGGUGGCCGGGCCAGCCCCGGACACCCCAGCGGGCACCGAGUCGCCUCACUCGAGCGCCUCGCCGUGCCAGGAGCACAAGCGCGUGGCGCUGGGGGAGCUGAAGGGGUCGGCGGCCGGGGCGGCGCUGAGUCCCCCGGAGCCGGCACCCUCGCCCGGGCAGCAGCAGCAGCAGCAGGCGGCCGCGGCCCACCUGUUGGGCCCGCCCCACCACCCGGGCCUGCCCCCCGAGGCUCACCUCAAGCCGGAGCACCACUACGCCUUCAACCACCCCUUCUCCAUCAACAAUCUCAUGUCUUCGGAGCAACAGCACCACCACAGCCACCACAGCCACCACCAGUCCCACAAAAUGGACCUCAAGGCCUAUGAACAGGUGAUGCACUAUCCCGGCUACGGGUCGCCCAUGCCCGGCAGCUUGGCCAUGGGGCCCGUUACGAACAAAGCGGGCCUGGACGCCUCGCCCCUCGCCGCAGAGACCUCCUACUACCAGGGGGUGUAUUCUCGGCCCAUCAUGAACUCUUCUUAAAGAAGGCGGCUUCAGGCCCGACUGGCUCAGACAAGCCUGGGACACAGACCAGAGAGAGAGAGAGAGAGAGAGAAAGAGGAGGAAGUGGCUGUGCAGACUUUAGCAGGGGGGCUUGGAGAGAUGCAAGGGUGGAGAGAUCCGUGACAUCCCCCCCCCCCAAGGCAAGCCCUUCUCUCCUGGAAAGAUGACAUUGAAACCUGUCGUUCUAUAUAGCGAGGGAAAGAGGAAGAAAUAUAAAUUCAGAAAAAGAAAGAAAGAAAGAGAAAAGAAACAAAGGAAGAAGAUAAAAGAAAACCUCCGGUUUCACUGCUGUGUAGACUCCUGGUUUUGGAAGCACCUGCCAGUUCUGACCUUUUGUUGUCAUUAUCCAUUGAUGUUGUUGCAGGCGAGUCUUGCUUUAAAGGGGGAAAAAAAAAACUUUUGUGAGUGACUCGGUGUAAAAACCAUGUAGUUUUAACAGAGAACCAGCGGGUUGUACUAUCGUUUUAAAAGGGGGAAAAAUGUCAAGGUCUGUUGUAAAUGACCAAGAAAAAAAAAAAAAGAAAAUCAUGCCCAUUCUUGACAUGGCGAAAAUCCAGGUCUCGGGUCUGAUUAAUUUAUGGUUUCUGCGUGCUUUAUUUAUGGCUUAUAAAUGUGUAUUCUGGCCACAAGGGCCAGAGUUCCACAAAUCUAUAUUAAAAUGUUAUUGCCGGUUUUA